CCCUGCGGAGGAGGCUGGGGCGCCGGACGGACCCCGGGCGAGAGGUUUGCGGUUCCGGAGGUCUGGAGGCCAGGAUCGUGUGCGGGCGGAUUCGGUGUCUGGCACUGCUGCCCCACCAGCCCCAUGGAGGCCCCGGCCCCGCAGCCCGUGAAGCAGGAGUGCCUGGCCUCCGAGGGCCUGCGCCUGGACUCGCCGUGGCACCGCUUCCGCCACUUCCACCUGGGCGACGCACCCGGGCCGCGCGAGGCACUGGGCCUGCUGCGUGCCCUGUGCCGGGACUGGCUGCGGCCUGAGGUGCACACCAAGGAGCAGAUGCUGGAGUUGCUGGUGCUGGAGCAGUUCCUGAGCGCCCUGCCCGCCGACAUCCAGGCCUGGGUGUGCAGCCGGCGGCCCCAGAGCGGGGAGGAGGCCGUGGUCCUGCUGGAGGAGCUCUGGGGACCAGCGACGAGGGCACCUCGGGAUGCGACCCCUGAUGGCUCCAGGGUCGGCGUGGGAAAGGAAGAAUGUGAGACGACGCCCCUAGGAGACUCGGCCCCCGCGGCUGACGAAGCGGCGACGGGGGACGCCCAGGCGGCGCGCGCCUACAAGCAGGAGCCGGGCAGGCGGGGGCCCUUGCCCGCCCUGGCCGCUGGGGUAGCCCCGCGCGCGCUGCCGCCCUCCUCCCGCACCAGCCCCUCCUCCGGCGGCGCCGCCCUGGUCAAGGCCUCCGAUGCCCUAGCGUUCUCUGUUCCUUCCCACUCUCUCUACGUGCCCCAGUCCUCACUCUUCCGGUGCAGCCCUCACCUCCGUCCUCACAGCCUCUCCCACCGCGCCGGAGGCCCCGAGUGUCCCGUUCUGUCCUUGGGUCUCCUCCCUGAGCUCACGGUGGAGGAGAGGGGCACUGCGGGCCCGCCUCGGAUCCUCCUCCGGGGCACGUGGGGGGCGGGGCGUCUGGGCUCGGCCCAGGGGCCUGGUUCCUUGUCCUUGAACCUGGAGAUGAGCUGA